CUAUAAUCCAUCAUUACUAUUUUCUUCUUUUCUCUUGUAUUUCUUGUUGGGUAGGUGAAGACCAGAAAACCAUCUCCCUAGAUUUUGGUCCUCAAGCAGCGGAAUGAACCGUCCAAUUCCUAGAUCUUGGAACCGAGGCGCGCAGUGGAGGACCUAGGGAGGGGCCUACGGGGGUAAGUGCCCCCGCUUUCGGCCAGUAAUUUCACUACUAGUAUUUAGAGUUAAAUCAGUGCCCCGCUUCCGGCCAAGAAUUUCACUACUAGUGUGCCUCUACUCUGACAAAUUUCUGGGUCCGCCACUGGAGGCGCACUUGUAUUCUGCUCUAAGCACCGAAAUCAAAGGUAUGGAUGAAGAAACUCAUGUGAUUACUCCUCUUCGUGUAGGCGUAUGCCGUUCUGUCAGAUGUUUAUCUAAGUUGUCUAGUCUAUCCAAAGAUGGAUCCUCCAUUUCAGUUGAAGGUUCCGACAAAGAGGACGAUGUUGUCAGCCUGGAUGGGGAGACGGACAUGCAGCGAGCUCCUGAAGGUUGUCUUUCAAUUUCUUUGGUUAACCCUAUCUCGGAUUUGCCACCUACCAUUACAGCUGCAUCUUCAAGCACCGGUAUUCGUAAGCCUUUGAAUCCUCUCGACCUUGCUCACUUGUCAUUAAAGAGGAAAAGAAUGGCUACUCCUUCUUCUUCUGUUGUUAAGACAACAUCUGUGCCCAAUUGCUCUGUGCUUAAGUCUCGUGCUUCCCUGAUUGCUGGUACCCAAACCGUGCCCCCUGUCAAGUCGAAUGCUGAGUUCUUUGGUGAUUUUUGUCGUUUGGACAAUGUCUUACGAAUGAGGAAAGAUAUGCCCCAAAUCUUACUGCCUACUGUCAAGAUUGUAUAUUCUGAUUUUUCUUUUGUUGAUAUGCUUUCCGCCUCUUCUGCGUUUGCAUUUCAGGUUUGUGUACUCUUCUUACCUUGUACUUUGUGUUCUUUAUAAGAUAGCUUGCUUACAUAUUUUUAUCAGGGAAUCUAAGCCUCUUUAUAUGCUGAAGAGCGCUUACGAGAUUUGGAAGAGUCGCUGGCAGCUUCCAAACAACGCCAGGAAAUUGCUGAGAAGAAAUUGUCCGAGAAGGUUUCGAAACUGGACGAGAAAGUUCUUGCUCAAGAAGAAAAUAUCAACCAGCUGAAUGUGGAGAUAGAGUCUCUAGAUGUGAAUCUGAAGACUCAAACUGCCAGGAUCAGAUCGUUAGAGGACUACGAGAGGAAGAAAAGGCAGGAGGUCGUUGACACUGCUGAGUUCUACGCUUGGCAAACCAAAAAGGAUAUCAUGAUAUCUUUUUUGGCAGGUUAAACCGACAAAUGGACCCCUCAGACUGACAUUGAUACUUGGGCCAUGUAUUUCCAAGGAACCGAACCUCCUGUAGGUGAUGAUGGAUUUGACUUGGGCAUUUGCAACACCGAAGCUGAUUCUGGUCCCUCCAACCAGAUAUGAUCCUGUAUCCAUGUAGUUGUUUAUCUUUCUGCGUGGACAUCUUCCUUUUGCUGGUCUGUUUUUUACUUGCUACUCAUCACAUUUUGGGCCACACCAACUGGUGGUUUAUCCAGUGUUCGGUGGUCCUGUUUUGACAUCGACUUAUGCCUUUUGUGACACUCCGGUCAUUUCAUAUGUCGGAGUUUUUAUGUGCAAUUGAUUCGGAUGAC